AAAUCGACGUGAAAAAUAUUCUGUUUUUCUUGGCUCUCUCCGUCACACCCAGCUAGGAAUUUGUUCCUAUUUUUGGUUGUUAUCGUUUGCCUUUUUUGUUUCGCCUUUUUGUUUCAUUCCCUGUCAAGUGAACCUUGUCCUACAUCGCCCACAAAGAGCCCAAAACUGAUUCCGAGAAAAGCCGAUUUGAAUUGUGUUAAUGACUCGUUUUGCUGGAAUCAACAAGUCCCCUUUUAUUGUUGUGUGAGAAUCACCCCUAUGCAUGGAAAUUAGCAGAAAUUGUGAUAUGAAACCACCAGCACCCAUGGAUGAUGAUGAUAACCAGGUGUUGGAACCCACACAUGCUGAGAACGCCCUAAGCACGCAUGCAGAGGCAAGCAAAAUGCUGGAAGCUGCUCUACAACAAAUGGAUGGAAUCAUUGCAGGUACGCAACAAGAGCUGAGGAAGCUCUCCGGAUCACAAGAUUCACACACUGCCCCAAAAUCAAUCCAAGAAGCUCUGGAUCAACUACAGGAUGUUGUCGAGAUGGUGGGCGCAGACAAGAAGCAAGUCUACAAGUGGAUCAUGAAUGCUUUUGGAAUGCUCAUAGAUGAAAGGAAAACAUGAAUGUUGUCGAAACAUUAAGCUUUGUUAGUUGUCAUCAACCACACUAUCAGUGAAGUCAAGAGUGUCAAAUUUAGACUGUUGAAAUAAGUCCCCCCAGAAAGAGGAAAGAAAACAAAAAGAGAGGGUUGAACGAAAAGAUGCUGCUGUCACGAAUUCUUCAAAGAGAGAAGAGAAAACGGAUAAAGUAAAAUAAUUCAUUAGACAAUGGCCUUAGUGAUUCGAAAAAGAAGAAAAAAAAAAAAUCCUAAGCCUCACAUCACUAUUGAUUAAUGACUGGGCAACGUGGGGGAAAAUGCAAUUAGUACAAGAGUUGAAGGCCUCGGCGAGAGAGUCGAGGAAAUGAGCAUC